AUGUUGAUGAAACAUGUUGGAAGCAUCACAUCUCAACACAUAGCUGCCCUGCAAAAAUGGGAUUCGUUGAGGAACUCAGAUGGCCAUAUUGAAAGAGUUCUUGAGACAAGGUCAUUGAAGGACGUGGAAGACAAUCGAUUGAGGCUUACAACUUCAAUAGAGAGUGUUAGAUUGCUUGCUAAUCAAGGAGCUCCUUUUAGAGGCCAUGAUGAAUCUAAAAACUCCUUGAAUCGUGGAUAUUUUCAAGAAGUAAUAAAAUCAUUUUCAAGGAUGAGUGUGGAUAUUGAGAGAGUUGUCUUAGAAAAUGCCCCUAGAAAUUCCAAGUACACUAGUCCCUCAAUUCAAAAGCAAAUCCUCAAUAUCCUUUGUAACAAAGUAACGGGCAAGAUCCGAGAUGAAGUUGGGAACUCCAAAUAUUGUAUUCUUGUUGAUGAAGCUAUAGACGUGUCCGUGAAAGACAUGAGAGGUCAAGGAUAUGAUGAUGCUAGUAAUAUGAGGGGAAUUUAUAAUGGGUUACAAGCAUUGUUUAUUGAAGAGUGUCCUUAUGCAUAUUUUGUGCAUUAUUUUGCUCACCGUUUUCAGUUGGUAUUAAAUGCUACAGCUCAAGGGGUUAAAGAAAUUUGGAGUUUAAUUGAAUUGUUUAGCUCAAUAAAGAAAACUCUUAAUGAUAUGAUUGAUCAAGGAAAUGGAGGACAAGCUGAAGCUAUUCUUGGAGCUUUGAGGUCUUUUGAGUUUGUGUUCUGCUUGCUUCUAAUGAACAAAGUAUUAAAAGUUACUGAUUUUCUUUGUCAGACAUUGCAGCGGAAAUCUCUAGACUUUGUGCAUGCUAUGAUUUUUGUUGGACUUACAAAGUCACUUCUUCAAGAAAUGAGAGAAGAAGGUUGGGAGGAUUUGUUGAGUGAAUUGAAUAAAAGAUUCUCAGACCAAGCAUCAGAACUCCUUAUUCUUAGUUCAACCUUAGAUCCUCGGGAUAACUUCAAGAGUUUUAAAGCUGAAGAUGUUUGCAAUCUUGCCAAGAAGUUUUAUCCUGAAGAUUUUGAUGAUGGUGAAAUGUUUACUCUUCAAUCAGAGUGUGCAUAUUAUGAGAAAGAUAUGCGACGUGAUCCAAAGUUCCAGAAAUUAGAAUCCAUUGCUGAUUUGUGCCACACUUUGGUUCUAACAAGGAAGUCUGAAUUUUUUCCUAUGCUUUAUAGAUUGAUUUGUUUAGUUUUGACUAUUCAUGUUUCUACGACAACAACUAAAAGGGCAUUUUCAGCUAUGAACAUCAUCAAUAAUAAACUUAGAAAUAAGAUGGAAGAUGAGUUUCUUGGUGAUUGUAUGGUCCUUCAUAUUGAAAAAGAGAUGCUGAGUCUAUAG